AUGAAGUGGAGCAACCACAUCGUCGGCCUCUUGCUGCCAGUAUUGGGCGUUGCUGCUCAGAACAGCACCAAGCCCGUGGCAGACAAGAACGGCAAAUACUGGAUCUCGAGCGGCAGCCUCAAGGCCGGCUUCGUCCCCUACGGAGCUGCCAUCUCCGACCUGUACAUCAACGACAAGUACGGCGUCCAGAGGGAUCUCAUCGCCGGGUGGGAGAAUGCCAGCUACUACGGCAUCGAUGGCCAGCACCCAAACUACGGCAACGUCCCUGGGCGCUAUGCGAACCGCAUCAAGAACAGCACGUUCGAGAUUGACGGCGAGACGUACCACAUCACCCCCAACGAGCACCCCACGGAGGAGCACCCGGACGGCAUCAACUCGCUGCACGGCGGCAAGGACGGCUGGGGCUGGCGCAACUUCACCGUCGUCGCCCACACGGACACGAGCAUCACCUUCUCCAUCGUCGACCCGGACGGCAAGGAAGGGUUCCCGGGAGAGGUCAUCUCCUACGUGACGUACACCCUGGAGGGCUUCGACUGGCACAUCAGCAUGGUGGCCGUCCCGACGACCAAGGCCACGCCCAUCAUGCUCAGCAGCCACACGUACUGGAACCUCGACGGCUUCGCCAACAACGAGACCCAGUCGGCGCUCAACCACACCCUGCACCUGCCCUACAGCGGCCAGCGCGUCGCCGUGGACAACAUCCUGAUCCCGACCGGCGAGAUCCAGGCCAAUGCCAAGGGCUCCGUCAACGACUUCUGGAGCGCCCCCAAGCAGCUCGGCGCAUCGUUCAGCGAUCCUGAGAUUGUCAACAACUGCGGUCUCAACUGCACUGGCUAUGACAACUGCUGGACGGUGAACCGACAAUCGCUCGGCAACUAUGACUGGCGCACCCACAGCCCCGUCGCGACCAUCUCGUCGGCGUGGUCGGGCAUCAAGCUCGACAUCUACACGAACCAGGACGCCUUCCAGGUGUACAGCUGCAACGGGCAGAACGGCACCCUCACCCUCAAGGAGUCGCAGGGGCUGACCGACAACGCCGACUUCCCCCGCACCAUCCCCAAGUACGGGUGCGUGGUGCUCGAGGUGCAGGACUACAUUGACGGCAUCAACCACCCGGAGUGGCACCGCGAGCCGAAGCAGAUCUUCCGCCCCGGCGGUGAUCCGUAUGUGCUGCAGGCGAGAUAUCACUUCAGUGUGGGUGAGGAGAAGGAUUAG